GCCCGACCUCAUAGAACUUCACAUCCGAUGCGCCCGAGACGCUGAUCCUAAAACUAGAUGUCGUUACCGGAAGGGCCUAGUUGCGGAUCGGGUGGUCAUAGCUUCGAGAACAUCCAUAUCCACAAUAAAGCUCAUCUUGGCGAUGCGCACUACCAUUUCCCAGAGCUACCUAGAGCCUUACCUCGGCCUAGCUACGCUGGCCACUACUCGUACUCCUCCCUCCCACCGGUUACGACCUUCGUGCAACGACCUAGCCUCCACGAUGAGCUCCACGAGCAACUUACAAAGGAAAGGGUCAGAGACGAUGCCCAGAGUUCAAGAAUCGUUGUCGUGUCCGGGCUAGGUGGGGCUGGCAAGACACAGCUCGUCCGGAGCUACAUUCGACAACACCGACAGGAAUACAGCGCGAGUUUUUGGAUCGAGGCUGGCCGCAAAGCAACCACCGAGCGUGGCUUCCUAGAGGUCUACCGCCUGCUGUUUGACGUAGCCACAUUCGGAGACGGUAGCGUGAAGAUCGAAGAUGCGGUGGUGGCGAUUAAGAACUGGUUUAACGGGCGAGAGGGCAGGUGGCUGUUUGUUUUUGAUGGGGCGGACAGAAUUAACGGCGCCGACGGUGACAAGUAUCUGGAUGACCUUGUUAAUAUCCAGCAUUUCAUCCCAGACUCACCAUAUGUCAAUGUCGUCAUUACUACCCGCAGCUUAACCGCCGAAGGACUCACGCCGCUACAAGCGGUGAGGGUAGCUAAAAUGGAACCUGAUGAGGCGGCGACCCUCUUUAAAAAAUGUUCGAAGAUAGACUACAAAGACCACGACGAGGCUACCGUCCACAAAGUCGUAGGCGAGCUUGGCUACUUCGCACUCGCAGUCAGCCUCUCUGGGGCGUAUGUGUGCAAGACUGACCGUCUCAAGUCGGAUCUACGAGAAUAUCUCAAGGAAUACCGCGAGCGUCGAAAGGAGAUACUAGCUCAAAAGCCUAUCCGGCUCGUCCACCAGUACGGAGAAAGUGUCCUUACUACAUGGGAGACAACAUUUGAUGCAGUCGUGCAGCAGUCUAUUGAGGCGUCAAAGCUUCUGACGCUGCUAGGAUUCAUCAACUUCGACGAUAUUUCCAUCAAGCUCUUCCUACCUGCAAGCAGAGUUGGCAACAAUCAAGUCAAUCAAGUCGGGGUGAAUUGCUUGAUUGAUUGACGGAUCUGGCACGUUUUGAUUGACUUGAUUGA